GAAACAUUGAAUUUGCGAUAUGCGCAGCAACCCCGAAUUCGACGACGCAAGAACCCUGCGACGAAACUCGAAGGCCGAGAAAAAUAACGAGAGAAUUUUCUUUCCUGAGCCCCCUGGCCUGGGCGGCGCAUAGCGCAAUUCUCUUCUUUUUUCUGCCCCGGGCGAGCGAUGGUGCUAGGCUUUGGAUCUGUCGCCGCCAGUAGCAAUAGCACCACCACCACAUCGUCGUCGUCGUUGUCGCCGAGUUCGAGCCAGCAGUCCCCCCUCGACCAUCAUGUUAUUACCCAGACACCGGGCAUCCUCUCGCAGCAUACCACCACUCCAGAAAUUCAGCAUAAUAUGAGAUCCGAAUCCGAAGAUGGAGAGCAGCUGGAAGGCCGCCCGCCUUACCUGCACUGCAUGCUUGCGGGCGGGAUAGGCGGUACGAGCGGCGAUAUGCUCAUGCACUCGCUCGAUACGGUAAAAACACGACAGCAGGGCGACCCUCACAUUCCACCAAAGUACACGUCUCUCGGAUCCUCGUAUUACAAGAUUUGGCGACAGGAAGGGAUACGGCGAGGGCUAUAUGGUGGAUGGCUGCCGGCGUUGUUUGGCUCUUUUCCGGGAACUGUUUUGUUCUUUGGGAGCUAUGAAUGGAGCAAGAGGCAGAUGUUGGACUUUGGCAUCCAGCCACAUUUGACAUAUCUCACGGCUGGAUUUUUCGGCGAUUUUGUUGCCUCUUUUGUCUAUGUUCCCUCCGAGGUGCUCAAGACAAGACUCCAGCUUCAGGGACGAUACAACAACCCGCAUUUCACCUCGGGGUACAACUAUCGGGGAACAACAGACGCCUUGAGGACCAUCGUCCGCAACGAAGGCCCUUCGGCUCUGUUUUACGGCUAUGGUGCCACAUUAUGGCGCGAUCUGCCUUAUUCGGCCCUCCAGUUCAUGUUUUACGAGCAGGGUCAAGCCUGGGCUCGAAAGUGGAAGGACGGCCGGGAUAUUGGCUGGCAACUCGAGCUGUUGACUGGUGCGGCAGCGGGUGGUUUGGCCGGGACGAUAACAUGCCCGUUGGACGUUGUGAAGACGAGACUCCAAACCCAGGUCGUUGAGGUACCAGGACAGUCUUCGCCCGUGAUCGCAAAGCCUGCCGUUGUCAAAGAUGGACAACAUGGCACACCAGUCGCCGAAGCAGCGAGCCCGAAACUGCAGAAGCGGUUGAUAUCGACUUCGUCGCCCUCGACACACACGCCCAAACCCGGUGCUGUAACGCUCAACACGUCCUCGGUCAUGACUGGGCUAAAGAUAAUCUACAAGAGCGAGGGUAUUGGGGGGUGGUUCAGGGGUGUUGGGCCGAGGGCGGUUUGGACCAGCAUUCAGAGCGGCUGCAUGCUGUUCUUGUACCAGAAUGUUCUCCGUCAGCUGGAGAGGUACAUGCCGAUGGAGCGCCGGGAGGUCGUUUAGAUCUAGGGUAAAUAGAAGGCCCGCAGCAUGAAAUGUACUUGUAUAUAGACCAUUGUAUGAUAUGAAAAGAUGAAGACAUGCAUGGGUAGGGAAGGUGGAGGGGAGGUUAACUCAUGUGGGCGUUAUUUUUGGGAGGAU